ACAUUAACAAGACAUAGACCGCGACCAAGAUCCCAGAUUAACGAAAGAUCUCGAAGUUUCGCACCGGGUACAAGUUCGCACGAAUCCGCCCUCGAAGACGACGUGUUCUUCGAGCAACAGGCGCCUCCGGCAAGUCCGCCAUUCGACAAUACCUCAAGUGAUGAGCUCGACGCGAACCCUCCCGUAGAACAUCGAAAGACGUUGGAGGCGCCGAUACGCUACACCGCGACAACCGGAUGGAAGCGCAAUCCUCAACACGUCGUAAGGACCAGAGGAGAACAUCGAAAGGACGUGGGCGGGAGUAGAAUAUUUUCAUCUCUUCUAGAUAGCGUCUUAGACAAUUCUGAUCGGAGACAGUAUGGAAUGGGAUGGGUCGGCCGCAUGUUUGGGCGGUCAAUGAGGCGGUCAGUACAACAAGACGAAGAUAUACAACAGCAGCUUGACGAUUUAGAAGAUCAUCGGCCGAUGUUCACCUACUGGGUUACGACUGUGCAAAUACUGGUGCUCGCCAUUUCUCUGGUCUGUUACGGAUUCGGCCCAUUUGGUAUUGAAAUGAGGACCAGAUCCGCCCACGUGCUCGUACCGAGUUUGUCAUUACAACAGGUCGAUUAUUUAGAACCUGCAAAUUUUUGGUACGGUCCAAAGGCGGCAGAUUUAAUACAUCUAGGAGCAAAAUUUGCGCCGUGCAUGCGAAUCGACGAUAAAAUACAACAGCAAAUUGAGAAAACGAGGACAAAGGAACGCGAAACGGCGUGCUGCAUAAGGAAUGACCACUCCGGCUGUGUGCAAUCAUCACGAGCGGAUUGUUCAAUCCGAGGAUUAAUGCCAUCGAAUACCAUAUCAACUUGGAAGAAAUGGACGCCAAGAGACGCGGGACCCGGCGGACGCAUUUCCGGUUCGGUCUGCGGUCUUGAUCCGAAGUACUGCGACGCGCCCGCAAGCGUGCAUCCCUACGAGUGGCCCGAUGACAUUACGAAGUGGCCGAUCUGUCGCAAAACGAACACGCAGUUUUCAAUCCAGAAGCACGUCCCGAAGGACAAAUCGGCCGAGCACAUGAUCUGCGAGGUGAUCGGUCAUCCGUGCUGCAUCGGCAUUCACGGCAUGUGCAAGAUCACGACGAAGGAGUACUGCGAUUUCGUGAGCGGGACGUUUCACGAGGAGGCGUCGCUUUGCUCGCAGGUUUCGUGCUUGGACGACGUGUGUGGAAUGGUGCCGUUUUACUUUCCCGAAGUUCCCGAUCAGUUCUAUCGAUUGUGGACGUCGCUCUUCCUGCAUGCCGGUAUUCUACAGAUGCUAAUCACCGCGGUGCUCCAGUGUCUGAUGAUGCGGGACUUGGAGAAGCUUACGGGAAGUUUGCGGAUCGCCAUCAUUUAUUUAGGGUCGGGAAUCGCCGGGAAUCUGGCGAGCGCCAUCUUCGUACCUUACCGGGCCGAUGUGGGACCAUCGGGAUCUCACUUUGGACUGUUGGCCUGCCACAUUGUAGAAGUCUUAAACGCGUGGCCAAUGCUAAAGCAUCCUAAUCAAGCCUUAUGCAAACUCCUUUCGAUCACCUUGUUCCUCUUCGUGAUUGGGCUAAUGCCUUGGGUCGAUAAUUACGCUCACUUGUUCGGGUUCGUUUUCGGUUUUUUGCUUUCGUACGCCCUCUUACCAUUCAUCACUUUCGGACCAUACGAUAGGCAAAAGAAAAUUGUUUUAAUUUGGGUUUGUUUAUUAUCGGCUGCGUUUCUUUUUAUCUGCUUAGUUCUCCUCUUUUACAUUAUACCAGUUUAUGACUGUGAAGUGUGUUCAUAUUUCAACUGCUUACCGAUUACUCGCGAUUUUUGUGCUUCACAAAAUAUUAACUUUAAGAGGGAAGAGUACAUAGUAUGACAAAUAUUUUUACGGUUAUUAACCGUACUGUUUAUACCCAUUUUCGUACUUAUUUUUUCUGUAUUUAUUAUCGACCGUGCAAAAUCCUUUCUUACCACUCGGAUUGCCCCCCUACCUUUCUCCUUAGUACUUACCUAAUUGUCAGUGAAGACGUUAACAGAAAAAAAGUAACAAAUAAACUCAGUAUCUAUGUGAAAUUCAAAUAUAUUUAUGGAUGAAUGUUACAAGUGAAAAAAAAACGCCUAAAAACUCUUGUUUGUGAUAAUUUUCCAAAAGACUCUCUUGAAUUUAAAAAUAUGAAAAAACGUAGUGUGAGAACUGAUAAAAACCCAUGUGAUAAAGACGAUAUCUGUACUUAAGACAUUUUAUUUAUAUAUUAUUGUAAAAAUAUGUGCAAUGAAUUUCUUUGGUUGGCAACGAAAUUUCAGCUGUAAAAUGCAAACUGAUUUGCUGCUAUGCUUGAAACGCCCAAUCCCAUUACGAACAAUAAUUUUUUUAAUUCUUGAUGGUACUCCGUUACAAUACACUUUAGUCUGAUUUCGACAGUGCUAUGUGUACGAACAGCUCAGAUUUUAAGUAGUGCCAAGACCGAUAAUUGAGUUUUUGAAACGUACAAGUCGGUUCGUCUGACCGAAAUCAGUGUAAGGUGUGAUCCUUUAACACUUGCUAGUUUUUAUAAACAGGGAGCGUAAAAAUUGCGAGGACCGGGAUGUAGAUGUUGAAUUUUUAAGCGUGACCGCCGAGCGUUCCAGAUAUGUAUUAAAGCUAAUAUUAUCUACAAUAAAAAACUUAUUUGUAUGUGUUUAUUGAUACAUUUAUCAUUAACGUAAAUAAAUAUUUUCAUCACUAUAGAUAUAUUGUAGGUCUGUAUAAACAUAUUGUGUACGAAUAAUUCAUGAUUGUAUAUAUAAAAAAUAUCGCGUACGAACUGACCAUGUUUACUUUGACGUGACGUUGUUGAACCCAAAUUAUUCAAAUUUAAAAAGACUACCUACCUAUAGGAUUACUUUCGCGAUUAUAUUUUGCAAUUUUUUGGCAUGUCUCGUUUGCCGUUGUGAACGAAACACGCAAAAAUAGCUUCCAUUGUAAGAUUCGUGCGGGCGGCUACAAAAGAACCAUCAAAUUUUAUUUUUUGUUUUCGGUUGGGCCAAUUUGUAAAUAUUUUUGCGGCACUCUACAGCCGCGAAACGUUCAAUUCAGUGGAUGAGCGAUUAUAUUUGUUUAUUAAACAAAAGCCCAAAUGUGUAAAAUAUAAAAUCAAUUUUGUAUAA